AUGAUGACAAUGGCUUCGCAAAUUCCAUCAUGGCUGACACUUAUCUUGUCCGCUUUGAUCGCUUCGCUGGCAUACUUCUUCAUCAAGCUUUACCUCCAUAGACGAUUCUAUAAAAAUGUACCAACACCGCCGCACAGCUUUCUGUGGGGUCACUUAAAGCUUUUGGGUGAAACGUUGGCUCUGUUUCCGAGCGGUACGCAUUACCAGGCAGCUAUCACAACGAUCUCGCAAAAGUACGACAUGCCCGGUGCUUGGUACUUGGACCUUUGGCCCGCUGGCCCAUCGCAAUUGAUUGUGACGGACCCGGACCUUGCGCAUCAGUUUACAGUGCUGAAGAAUCACCCAAAGCAUAUCGCAGCGAUUACGUCCAUGGAUCCUGUUUUGGGUAGGGGCAACGUGGCCACGGCAGAUGGGCCGUCGUGGAAAGCCGCCCACAACAUGAUUGCACCAGCUUUCUCAGCUUCACAUCAAAGAAAUAUGGCUCCCAUGAUGGCGGAGGAAGUAAUGGUAUUCCGAGAGAUUCUGCAGAGCAAGGCCGCGACUGGCGAGGUUUUCGAACUCGAAAAGCUUCUUCAGAACCUCGUGCUGAACACCAUUGCGAGAUCGAUUUUUGAGGAAUCGCUCGAUGCGCAGCACAAGGAGACCCCGAUGCUGGCAAAGUUUCAUGCGGUGUGUAAAGAGAAUAUAUAUCUGAUGCAAUCCUGGAACCCCGUGGGAAGGUUCUUUGCGCGUUGGAGACAGAGUGGAUUGAGUUGCGAGCUAGAGGCUCAGUUGGCAGAGAUGAUUCGCGUUCGAUUCGAGAAGCUUCAAAAAGAAAAUGCGGAUGUCAGCCAGAAGCGCGGGUUGUGCACUAUAGAUCUCAUUUUGCGCGAGCAUUUGCUCGAAGUACGGAAGGCGCAAAGAGAAGCUCUCGACCCAACGUUCAUGCAGAUGGCUAUCACUCAAGGUAUGUAUCACUUAGGGAGCCUUCUGGUGCGGACAACUGACCUUUACCAAGUGCGAACCCUUCUGCUAGCUGGGUCUGGUACCACAACAGGUACCCUCUCCUUCGCUUACGCACUUCUUUCCAUCAAUCCGGAAGUCCUCCAAAAACUACGCCACGAGCACGACACUGUCUUCUGCCCUGGUGCCGAGGCCACCUAUGAUCUACUCCAAGCAGAACCCAAUAGACUCAACGAACUCGAAUACACAACGAACGUUGUCAAAGAAGUCCUCCGUCUAUUUCCUAUCGGCAACUCCGCACGUGGCGAAGAUUCUACGGGCUAUAUCACCUACAAAGGCCAACAAUUCACCACCAAGGGUCAACUCGUCACAGGCGUGCAGCACACUAUGCAUUAUGACCCUAGGAUCUUCCCAAACCCUACUAAAUUUGAUCCGGACCGCUUCGCUCGCGAUGAUGUGCCUCGGAAUGCAUGGCGCCCAUUUGAACGCGGACAGCGAGCUUGUCUAGGGCAGACCAUGGCGAUGGAAGAGAUGAAGGUGACACUCCUUCUCACGGUGAGGGAUUUUGACUUUGAGUGCAGUGGACUGAAACCUACGAAGCAGAGAGUCGCAUGGACGGAUUUGGAUACGGUGUUUGGGGACCGAGCGUUCCAGAUCAUGAAGUUUGAGGCGAAGCCACUUGAUGGGAUGCCUAUGACUGUGAGGAAAGCAUUGUGA